AUGCUCAACAUCUGCCCUACAUACCUAACCAGCAUCUUCUUCGCCAUCACCGCUACAUCCCCCGUCAACACGCCCACAAGAGAUACCAUCGUUGUCCAAGUAAUCCCAGCCACUGGCGGCGGUUUCAGCGGCAGUAACGCCGACCUACGCACCUUCACCGAUCCAAACUCCCCUGUCUGCGAUGUCAAAGUAGGCCGACCGGGCGGUGUCUACAUCUGCCCCGGUCCAAACUUCACGCCUUCCGCAACCCAAACAUGCAAGUGGUGGCCACCUCCUGCUGCCGCUGACCAAACAGUCUGUAUUUCUUACCAAAAGGAGAUUGGUCUUGCUCUGAGUCGUCCUCAGUCUAUUGGACCUGAUCCGGGUGGCUACUGCCUUCUAUACCAGGAACCGGAUUGCAAGAAUGGGGCUCAAGCUCAUAUUAUAGCUAAUGGACAAGCGUACAACCAGACAUACCAGCCACCCAAAUCCAUGGGACUACAAUCACAGAUGUCGCCCUCAGACACCCCAGCAUCGCGCCCGAAGCUGCCGGAGUCGGUCCACCAAUACUCAUCACGACUAGACGUAUCGCAAGGACCUCUGCGCGCAACCUCAGAUGGUUCAUUGGUCAAGGAACAGACUGAUGAUUACGUCAAUCUCGACCUUCCGCCGCGCAACCGCGACGCUCGUGAGCCUGCACACACAAUGAGUAUGGCCACCGCCAAGACUCCCAUCAUUGAACUUCCAGAAGCUAGUAACGGCGGAAAUGGUCUUGACGAUCCACGCAGACGGAAGUCUGUAGGGCAGGUAUUCAAAGACAUGUGGACAAAGCUACGGUGA